AUGGCUUCACCUGAAAUCUCCCCAAUUGAUCGGAAGGGUAAGCCGUCCAAGCGUUCCUCCAAUUCUUACACCAGUGAGGAAUGGCGGAGGCAUCGUCCGCUCAUCACUCAGCUGUAUUUCGAGGAGGGCCGCACCCUCAAAGAGGUUGCAGAGUAUCUAAAGCGAGAGUUCAACUUUGCUCCAACAGAACGCAUGUACAAAAGCAGGCUUCAUAGUUGGGGCCUCGAUAAAAAGAAGAAAGAACAUGAAAUGCUUGAUCUCGUUCGACAGGGACUCCAACAGAAAGGCGACGACAAAGACAAGGUCUUCUUGGUCAGAGGCAGGCAAGUCACUCUGGCCGAUGCACUGCACUACUUCAAUCGAAAGGGAAUCAAAGAUCCAUCCAGUCUGUUAGAGGGUGCGGACCCGUCUGGCGAGUUGUCCUCGCCGGAGGAUGCCGAGGCUACUACCCCCCUCUCCUCUCAUGCCGAUUUGGUGGACACUAAUUAUCCAGACGGCGUUGAAUUCGACCUGACGCGGAGCCCCUUGGACCUUGAGGAUCCCAACAAGUCGGCCAUCCCGACGUCCUUGAACCCAUCUGAUAUUGCUGAAAAUUGUCUCGAAGCACUCCAGACCGCUCUAAAUAUACCCACUCUUCCACCAAUGCCCCCUUUCCGAACAUUGUCUGUUGAGGCAUCUGUAGCUCCCUCAACUGCAUCUGCCGCAGAUCAGCGCUAUCUUGAUACCAUUUUCCACAAUCUAAAAAGCCAUUACAUCAGACUCUUCGAAGCCAGAAAUCUCUCCGUCGGCAACACCACCGGCACGUGGACUGCCACGUCCGAUGACGCAGUAGCCGACAGAUUCUACUAUUCCAUGUAUCACGGCUAUUCGUUUUUAUGGAAUGGCCAAAGGGACAAGGCGUUUGACAACUUCUACAAAGCUUUUGCUCUUAUCGAAGGCUUACUGAAAGAUGACCACGUUGGCUUUAUGAUUUAUAUCUUUGACUUGAUUAUCCGGCAUGAUGGCACAGGCUACGAAGAACCACUCCUCAUGCUCCUGCAGCACCUAGGAGAUCUAGCCAAAGCUGUGUCCGAAUCAGACCAGCAUCCCAUUUAUCUCGUCGCGAACUACAUGAGUCAAGCGACUAUAUCACGCGCGUGGCUCGCAGAGUCUACGUUGCGCCGGCUUCUGGACUUCUUCCAAGACUCCAUAGGCUACUUCCACCCAGAAACCAUCGCGUUACUUCAAACUUUUGCAACCGGUCUGAUGAACCGAAAAUGGUACGCCGAGGCAGCGAUUAGAUUUCAGCAACUGGUCGAUGCAUUUGAGACAACAAUGAGCAAACAAUGCUAUGAGGUGUGCUAUGCGUUGAGAUCCACGUCGGAAGCCUAUUUCCAUAUGGAACACUACCAAGAAUCGCUGCAGGCCCUAAAGGCUGCUCUUGAUCGCGCGGAAUCGCUCCCGAGAAUGGAAGAGAGGGAAAUCUAUGUCCGCUGCCUGCGUGGUAUGGCAGAAAUUUCGAACAAUCUGGGUCGCAAACAAGAAGCUAAUGAAACUAUGCAACACGUUGUCGAUAUAUGUCGAGACUCUUUUGGGCCUGAGCACCCAUUCACCAGCCGGGCUCGGAUGCACCUCAAAUCCAUCUUGAAGGGUGAUGCCACUGGGGAAUCUGCAAUCCCCCCAAUGGUGUAUAGACUCGGCCGCGGCGGAAAUGCAGCCAAAUAUAUAUGGGUCUCUCGAUCUAGUCCUACUCGUCUACAAGCCUGA